UAUAACGACGGCAGGCAGAAUUAACUAAGUUGAUAAUCUACAGUGGCAAGAACAUUUGACGUAUAAUAAUGUCACUAAACUUGAAAGGCAAGAAGUUUUUAGUGACUGGAGCAGGACGGGGUAUCGGGCGAGAGCUUGUUAAAGCUUUAUACAAAGAGGAAUGCAUUGUUUACGCCCUCAACAGGUCAAAGGAGCCGUUAGAUACUCUCGUGCAUGAACUUCCUGCCGUAGUUCCCUUACACGUGGAUCUUGAAGACUGGGAGGCAACCAGGGCUUGUCUUGAGGGUAUUGAGGUACUGGAUGGAGUCGUAAACAACGCGGGUCUAACUGGCCUACCCCAAACGUCUGUGCUGGAAUGCAGUAAGGAGUUUAUGGAUAAGGUUAUAGACUGUCAAGUGUUCGGGGCGAUAAACACUAUGCAGGUCGUUGCAAAGAAGAUGAUAGAGGCAGGUCGGCCAGGGUCGUUCGUGAACGUAUCUAGCGUCCUUUCCCAUGUGGCUGCACCUGGACAGCUGCCAUAUUGCUUUACAAAGGCGGCGCUCGAUAUGAUUACGAAGCAGUUUGCGUUAGAGCUCGGACCGCACAACAUUCGAGUAAAUUCUAUCAAUCCAACAUUGGUCCUCACAGACAAUAUCAAGAAGUUUAUAGAAGAAGUGUCUCCUGUGGACAAAAUUUUCACGUCGCGGACUCCGUGCGGUCGUCUACCGGAGGUAACGGAAGUGGUUGUUCCUAUCAUGUACCUGUUGAGCGACAUGUCAUCCAUGGUUUCGGGAACCCAUCAGGUCGUGGACGGUGGGAUGCUCUCCUGUUUCAUAACGCAACUCUGAUGACACGUUUUAUAACUCGUUUGUAUACGAAUUUAAUAAAAUGUUGACUAUGUAUUUAAGUUAUAUAUAUCAACAAAUUAAUCAUGUUCAAAGCGUGCUUGUGUUUCUUGCGUUUAUUCAGCACAAACACACGAAAAGAUUACGGCUAAUGUUGUAUAUUUACAUUUAAAGUAACUGUUCCAUAGGGAUUGUGGAAUCAUAAACGAUAAUUGGAAAUAAUGUUUCAAGCCAUUUCAAUAUUUGUUUGUUGAUGUUAUCGCCAUUAAAGUUGAUGAAAACGUUAAAACUUAAGUGAAUAAUAUGAUUCGGCACAUAGAAA